UCCUAAAGUUUGAGUCAGCUGACUCAUCAAACUUUCCCCCUUUUGCUUCAGUCCCUCCGACGGAUAGAUGAGGGCACAUUCGCUGUGGAAAACGUUCUUUUUUUUUUACACGGAAUCUGCUUAUUUUUGAAGAAUUUUAAAUUGAAAUGUUUUACAGACAGUUACUGUAGCUGACAAGGCGCUUGGCAUUUAUAAGUAGAUUCCAGGUUGGUCCUCUGUUGCUUAAUACGGAACAUAUUUCAUCAUGGGUGACUGGAGCGCUCUGGGGAAACUUCUUGACAAGGUCCAGGCAUACUCCACAGCUGGAGGCAAAGUCUGGCUCUUUGUCCUCUUCAUCUUCCGAAUUCUGGUGUUGGGGACAGCGGUGGAGUCGGCAUGGGGAGACGAGCAGUCAGCGUUCAGAUGUAACACGGAGCAGCCUGGUUGUGAGAACGUGUGCUACGACAAGUCGUUCCCCAUCUCCCAUGUGCGUUUCUGGGUUCUCCAGAUCAUAUUUGUGUCCAUGCCGACCCUCCUGUUCCUCAGCCAUGUUAUGUUCCUCGUACACAAGGAGGAGAAGUUGAACAAAAAAGAGGAGAAACUUAGAGACAUCCAGAGUAAAGGUGGAGAUGUUGAUGUUCUUCUACAGAAGAUCGAAAUUAGGAAGUUCAAGUACGGAUUGGAAGAUCAUGGGAAGAUCAAGAUGAGAGGCGGGAUAUUUUACACAUAUAUAGUGAGCAUUUUGUUGAAAUCUGUAUUUGAAGUUGGUUUCCUGUUGAUACAGUGGCAUCUUUAUGGAUUCAAGCUGUCUGCCAUUUAUACGUGUCAAAGAUUCCCUUGUCCCCAUAAAGUGGACUGCUUCCUGUCUCGUCCUACAGAGAAGACCGUUUUUAUCAUCUUCAUGCUGGUCGUGUCACUGGUUUCUAUAGCGCUCAACGUCUUUGAGUUUUUUUAUGUGAUUUUCAAGAGAAUGAAAGACCAAAUCAUGGGGUCUGAGAAAAACUUUGACAGUGUUUGUAAUAUCAAGCCUUGUCCUAAAAACCUGUCCAGCUACGCCUAUUACAACGACUGUUCGGCCCCUGUCCCUAAUCUCAGGUACAAUCUAGAUACAGGUGAUAAAUCCAACUCUUCUGACAAUUAUGACAAGCAAGCCAAUGAGCAGAACUGGACUAAUUAUAGCACAGAACAGAACCAGCUGGGUCAGAGGAACUAUUGCCACACGCAGCGCUUUCCAUAUCCUGAGAAAGUGACUCUGGGGAAAGAUCUGCUGCUGCUCAAGGAGCUUGGACCUCGAACCAGUAGUCAAGCGAGCAGUCGGGCUAGGCCUGAUGAUCUCGACAUCUAGUGGAGAUCUCAAUAAAAGGCCUUUUAGACAAUCUUUCGAUCUCUGUUUCAAGUAGUGAACGUUUAAAAAACUGUGAAGAGGACACAGUUCUGUCACUGACAUCCAAAGUAUGAAGUUUCAGUAUGUAUACUUAUUUUUUGAUAAUUUAUUGUAUUCAUAUUUGCAAUAGUAGCUCAUGGCAAACUGUUGUUUUUUUAAGGAAACAAAAGUAUUUAUGAUUGUGAAAAUACUACAGUUUUAUAUGGGUGGAUCUAACAAAACCUGUCAAGAACAUGUCCUGGUCAUAGUUCAUGCCAAAAUCAAAAUAAGAAAUUAUAUUAUGAUUAAAGUUAAUUAAGAUUUUAUGCAAAUUUAGAUUUUGUGCAUUGUAACAUUAUUUUCAUGACAAUUAUUAUACAUGAAUUAACUGUCAUGUAGUAAAUAAUGUAAUAAAUAAUUAUGUAUUUAUUACUGUAAUAAAUCAUGAUGUCUUAUUUAUAUUGUAAAGUAUUUUUUCAUCAUGGUAUUAUUUGCUGUACUGCCUUAAAUUUUUGCUAAAUUAAAUAAACAAUGUUUUAAAGCAUUUUUUAAUGUAAUAUGGUAUAAAAUUACUGUAUAAAUGAGAAUCAUCAUUGAGAUUGAGAAUAAUGUAUAUAUAUAUAUAUAUAUAUAUAUACAUAGAUAUAAAACUCUCAAAAAUAAAACAUCUGAACUUAUUAUGGUAAUGAGAAUCUGGGAAAAUAUGAUUAAUUGUCAUGACGAUAAUGUCAAUAAUGUUUAGGGACAAUUGUUCUAAUGCAUUUCUUUGUAUUAUUUACAGCAUUUUGUUUAACAGCAUAAUACAGUGUAAUACAGUAUAAAAUAAUAGAAAUGGGAAUUUUGUAUAUAUAGACAUAUUAUAAUCCCUCAAAAUUACAACAUCUGUUGGGCCUGGGUAUCUCAGUGAGUACUGACGCUGACUACCACCCCUGGAGUUGUGAGUCGAAGCCAGAGUCUGCUGAGUGACUCCAGCAAUGUCUCCUAAUCAACCAAAUUGACCUGGUUGCUAGGGAGGGUAGAGUAACAUUUGUUAACCUCCUUGUGGUCACUAUAAUAUGUGGUUCUCACUCUCGGUAGGGCACGUGGCAAGUUGUGCGUGCAUGCCGCAGAGAAAAGCGUGAGCCUCCACAUGCAUUACGUCUCCGUGAUAUUACGCUCAACAAGCCAAGUGAUAAAAUGCAAGGAUUGAUGGUCUCAGACCCAGAGGCAACUGAGAUUCGUUCUCUACCACCCGGAUUACUAUGCCACCACGGGAAUUAGAGCGCAUUGGGAAUUGCGCAUUCCAAAUUGGAGGAAAAAAAAUAAAAAAUGGCAACAUCUGGAAAAAUUAUGAAAAUGAGAAUUUUUUAAAAAUUGUCACAAUUAUUUUUCAGAUUUUUUUUUAUUUUUUUUUUACAGCAUUUUGUUUAAACAUUUUUUUUUUUUUUAG